ACAGAAGAAGAGAGACCACAUUGCGCAUGCGUACACCACGUACACCGAUGCAUCGGGCUACUUUGCCUGAACGCUAGCUGGCUCGCUAACGGGCUGUCAGGUCUAAACGCAUCGGCUCUGAAGGGGGAAGCGCCGCGGUGGAGAAGAAGAAGAAGGGGGUCCCGAGCGCCGCUACGAAAUGGCCGGCCAACAGUUCCAAUAUGACGACAGCGGCAACACUUUUUUCUAUUUCCUCACGUCCUUCGUCGGACUCAUUGUAAUCCCGGCCACAUAUUACCUCUGGCCGCGGGAUCAGAAUGCUGAACAACUACGCCUGAAGAGCCUGCGGAGAGUGCAUGGCAGGUGUCAGUGGUACCGACUCCGGCUGAUGAAGUCCCAGCAGAGCAUCAUUCCAACUCUAAAGAAAGCAGCCUUAUUAUUUGGGUGGGCUGUGUUCCUGCUGCUAGCCUACAAAGUGUCAAAGCUGGACAGAGAGUACCAGGAGUACAACCCUUAUGAAGUCCUCAACUUGGACUCGGGGGCUACUUUGUCAGAAAUCAAGAAGCAGUACCAUGCACUGUCUCUGAAGCACCAUCCUGACAGAGGUGGCGACGAAACCACUUUUAUGAGGAUCGCCAAAGCCUAUUCCGCUCUGACCAAUGAGCAGUCUCGGCUGAACUGGGAGCAGUACGGUAACCCUGACGGUCCAGUAGCCACCAGCUUCGGUAUUGCUCUGCCUGCCUGGAUUGUUGACCAGAAGAACUCGAUGCUGGUUCUGCUGGUGUACGGACUGGCCUUUAUGGUCAUCCUCCCUGUAGUCGUGGGGACGUGGUGGUACCGCUCGAUCCGAUACAGUGGUGACCAGAUCCUCAUCAACACCACCCAGUUGUUCAUGCACUUCAUGUACAAGACGCCCAAUAUGAACAUGAAACGAUUAACGAUGGUGCUGACAGCAGCCUUCGAGUUCGACCCUCGCAGCAACAAAGAGGCGACCAUAAGACCCACAGAUAAUGUGGAAGUACCACAGCUCAUCCGUGAGUUGGGCAACAUCAACGUCAAAAAGAAGGAACCUCCGUUCUGUUAUCCCUACAGUUUGAAGGCGCGGGUCUUGUUGCUGGCGCACCUAGCGCGCAUGGAAGUGUCAGAGGAGGUGGAGGAAGAUCAAAGGUUUGUGGUGAGGAAGAGUCCAGCUCUUCUUCAGGAGAUGAUCAACGUUGGCUGCCAGCUCACCAUGAUGGCCAACAGCAGAGGAGGUUUCCACGCUCCUCGGCUGGUCACCAUUGAGAACUGCAUGAAGCUGACUCAGAUGUCGGUGCAGGGCCUGCAGGAGUCCAAGUCGCCGCUGCUGCAGCUGCCUCAUUUUGAGGAGGAGCACCUGCGCUACUGCAUCUCAAAGAAGUAUAAGGUGAGAACCCUACAGGACCUCGUGAGCCUCAAGGACUCGGACAGACGCAGCAUGCUGCGUUUCCUGGGAGAGGAGAAGUACGAUGAGGUCAUGGCCGUCCUGGGCAGUUUCCCUCACAUCACCAUGGAAACCAAACUGCAGGUUCUUGACGAUGAAGACAGCCAUAACAUCACAGCGGGCUCAAUUGUCACAGUCACUGUCACUUUAAGCCGAAAGCGGAUGGCUGAUGUGUUUGAAAAAGAGCACGAUUCAGCUUCAUGUCCAGGAGAAGAAGGUGCAAACACAGAGGAAGCACAAGGAGACGCCAAUAAAUCCAAAACCAAAGUGUGGCAAAACAAAAGUAAGGGUGCAAAGAAGGCAGGCAAGUCUAAAAAGAAAAAGCUAACAAAGAAGAAGGCCACCCCUGCUCCUGCCAAAACCAAACAGGCUAAUGGCAGCGUAACAGGAAAUGAACUUACAAAUCCAUCAACUACAACAGCACCGGCAACAAAAGAGGAAGAUGAUGAUGCCUCGGAUAAAGGCAGCGAGUCAGACGAGGGCGAAGGCAAUAAAGAUUCUCACAGCGAGAGAGACGAAGACAGCGACAAACAGAGCGACACAGAAGUGGAUGAAAUGGCGGGCGACGACGAAGAGGAGUGGGAGGCCUUGCAGCAAAGCAUCCAGCGGCGAGAGCGAGCGCUGCUGGAAACCAAGUCGAAAGUGACGCAUCCGGUCUACAGCCUAUACUUCCCCGAAGAGAAGCAGGAGUGGUGGUGGCUGUACAUCGCCGACCGCAGAGAUCAGACGCUCGUCUCUAUGCCUUACCAUGUCUGCACACUCAAAGACUCAGAGGAGGUGGAGCUAAAGUUUCCAGCUCCGUCUAAAACUGGGAACUACCAGUACUCGGUUAUUCUCCGCUCAGAUUCUUACCUAGGAUUGGACCAGAUCAAGCCUCUGAAGCUGGAGGUCCACGAGGCCAAAGCCAUGCUCGACAACCACCCCCAGUGGGACAUCCCUGACACGGAGGAAGAGGACGAAGAGCAGGAGGACAGCGACGGCAUCGAGGAGAGCGACGACGACGACGAGGACGACUGAGAAGCAGAGAUGCACGCGCGCUCUAUGCCCCGCCCCCCUCCCCCAGACUGGCCACCCUUUCACUAGUGACAAAGUUGUGCCUGCCAAAAUAAUAAAACAAAAACAAAAAAAAAACAACCCACAAUGAAUCACCUGAUAGUUUCUACACACAAAGCCCUCACCAUCUCACCGUAACAAUGUGACAAACUGUGGCGACUGAACAAUUUCUCUUUUUUACAGAGACUUGUUUGAUCUUGCUACACGUGGAAGGCAUUUAUUUCUGUGAACAGUGACGGGGCCCGGUUGUGUGUGAGUGGGUGUACAAGUGAGUGAGAGAGUGUGUGUAAAUAGUGUCUUUGUAAAGGUGCGAGAGGUGGCUACACUGUGGACUGGAGGACCUAUUAUGGUAUGGGCUCUUUUUUGUCUAGAGGGAGUGGAUGUGGAAAAGCGGAUUUUUCAAAGUUAAUAGAAGCGCUCUGGUUUUUAAAGGCGCUCAUCCCUGAUCCUUCCGUUUCUACGCCUGAUCCAGAGAAGGGAGCUUUAGUAUUUUAGGAACAUUUGGAGUCAACUUUUCAAACAUCUCCUUUCUGUGAAAAGGGGCAGGGUGCAGUUUUUUGUUUUUCUUUUUGGUUCCGUUUUUGCUGUUACCCUGAUAUUAAACUGUAUUCAAUUCCCCGUUUGCUAGAAGGGGACGCUGAUCUCUAAUCGCUUAUUCUUUUCUUAAGUUUUCCACCUGUAUGUUGAAAGCAGGUGAAUCCUGAUGAGAAAUGUGACCUCAGGUGUUACUGGGGGAGCGCAGAAAAUAUGCAGUGUUAAGAUGUGUUGACUUCAGAGUACAUAAAAACGACAAAACCAUUCAAGUCUAAAGGUUUGUACUCUCAUGGUUCUUCAGAAAUGCCACUUUUUGUUUCCCUCCUAUCUGUGUAUUUUAAUCUUUCCUGUUUUUUUUUUUUUUUUUGUAGCACAUUCCAAUGUAAACUCAUUGUCCAAAAAGCCUUACAGAUAGAACUGGAAUCCUGCUGCUUAGGAGCUGUUAGGCGCCAUCACGUGGUUUCUGGAAAAGCAGGAUCGCAUCAUUUUUUUUUUUAAGUUACUUUUUCUCUGCAAAUUAUAACAAGUUCGGAAGUUCAUAUCGUUCUUUAUGCCACCACAAAUCAGUUAUUUUGACAGUUCAGUUGGGUGUUGCAGCAAUAUGGUUUUGACCUGUUUAAAGUAACAAGCGGCGUAAUUUUUUUAAGUAGAAUUGCUUUAGUUUGUGAUGGAAGUUUAAAAAGUUUGUAUUUUCCCAUUUGUGGGAAUACAAGGCAAAAAAAUGUUUUUUAAAAGCAUCUUUUUUUUAAGUGAUUUUUGUUUCCUCAAAUGCAACACAAAUCUUGUUUUGCUGCAUUUUACUGUUUUAUUUUUAAAUAUAUAAAUAUAUUUGUCAGUUUGGGCAGAUCAGAGCUUCCAUAUGUACGUGUGGGCUUUCACUGUGUUGAGCGGGCAGUUUCAGCUAUUACAAAAAUAUAUAUAUCUUUCAUAAUUAAUAUCUGUACAUUUUUACAGUCGUGUGUGUGUGUGAGACAUUACAUUUUGAAUUCACCUGAUAACACACUUAAGUAAUGCCCUUCUGCUUUUGAACCUGCACCCACAUUUAAAACUGAAUUCUGAUUAUUUCUCUGCAAUUGAAUGUAGCAUCAGGAAUUCAUGCUUCGUGGGGAUAAAACUAAAUCAAAAUUGUUUUUUUCUGGGAGGUUAGAGACGUCUUGAUGGAAGCGACGGGCCUCCAGACCACUGCAGUUCAGAGAGGCGCCCAAAUGAAUCUGCCACUUUUGUUUACAAAGGAACUGUCAUUGUAAAUGGAAAAAUAUAUAUAUAUUAUUUGUAUUUAAAAUCAUUUCAAAUAAAAACUCUCAAAUGAA